CCCUAAGGGUCUCUCCCUCUCCCUACAGGUGUCGAGGUGUCCCCUGGCCAUCCCUCUGUGUUGUCCACCCUCCCCCAUUCAAUACACCAAGUGCAGAUGCUUUAAAGUGCAUUUUAAAGCCAGAGCAUCCGAGCAUCCCCAGCUCCCGCCAGGUCGAGAUGCUUUUAGCUUAAUCACUGGAGUCUGUUCCUUUCCCUUCCUCGCCUGCUCCUCCUCUUCCUCCCAAGGCUUUGGAUCAGCUCUCAUGGGCUGCAGCAGGGACUGUCACCUGGAGCCAGGGGCUGCUGUGGGGCCCUCUGAGACCCCCGGGAUGCAGCCCCCAGCCAAGCCCAGACCUCCCUCCCACCUUCCCAGUCCUCCCAGUGUGGUUCCUGUUGGGGUGCUGCACUUAGAGCAGAAGGGAGGAUGGGGCUUCCCAGAGAGCCCCCCCAAUGCUGUGCCUGGUGUUUGGGGGGGCUUUUUCAUCCCAAGAUCCCUCCUGUGUGGACAGUGGGGGCUGUCCUGUGUUUAUCCCUGUGGGAAGGAGCUGCCAGGGGCCCCGUGCUCAGGGUCCUGCUCGGGGGAGAGCAGCACCCCAUGACCCUCCAUGCUCUGGCAGGAUUUGUGCUGCCCUCCUGCAGGUCCAGCUCCGCAGGGGAAUUCAUUAGCUGUGACUCAUUACAUUUAUUGAUAUUACAUGAAUCGAUACUUUAUGCCAGAUGGAUUUUGGCUCCAUCCUUCAUUUUUCCUUAUUAAUUUAGCGUGGCUCCAGCCCCGGUUGCUGGUGUUUGUGUGCCGGUGGCGGGGACCCUUGGGCUGGGUUGAGCCUCAGUUUCCCUGGUGAGGAUGAGGAGGGUGACCCCAGCUCCCCUCCCUCAGCAGAGGAAGGCUGCACCGCUGCUGCUCCUCACCCCUUCCCCAUGCAGCAGGAGGAGCCUCCCGGCCUCGGGACCCCCUGAGAUUGAAGCUGCACCUUCUCAGAUUGUGGAGGGGUGGAGGGAUCGGGGUGGGGGCUUUUACCGGGAUGGAGGCGGCACUUCAGGCUCGGGGACCGACACGAGGGGCUUUCGUCGGGGGCCGGAGGAAGAGGAGGAAGAGGAGGAAGAACCCAGUCCAGAGGUAGCCGGGACCACCCUGGGAUUAGCGGGGGUCUCUGUGCCGGGGCCCCCCACGGUCGCAGCCCUCGGGCGGCAGCACCGCGCGGGUGGGGGCCCCCUUUGCCGCGGGGUGCGGGGAGGGGGGGACCCGCGCCGUGCGUGGGCGUGGACGGGGCGGCUGCGGGCGGGUCCGGCGCUGCGUGGGCCGGGUCCGGCGUGACCCACCGCGCUCCGGGGGCUGCGGGGCCUCGGCGCUACCUGGGGAGGGGGGGCCCCGGCGGGACCCGGCCGGCGGUCCCUGCCCGUAGCCGGAGCGCAGAGCGGCGGGGCCGGUGCGGGGCCGGUGCGGGGUGCAUGGCGGGGCUGCGGGCGCUCUGGUUGCUGGCGGCGGCGCUGGGGGCGGCGGGGGGACACCCGCAUCCCUGCCGCGUCCCGGCCGCCCCCGGCCCCGGCCUCGGUCCCGGCCCCGGACCCACCGUACGCCUCGGGGCGCUGCUGCCGCCCGCGCCCGCCCGCGCCCGGCUCCGCGCCGCGCUGGCCCGAGCCGCCGGUACCGGCCCCGGGGGCAGCCCCGGGGAGGUGACGCUGCCCCACAACCUCAGCCUGGAGGUGGUGGGGGGCGGCCCGGCGGCGCGGGACCCCGGCUCGCUGGCGCGGUGGCUGUGCGGGGCGCUGGCGGGGCGCGGCGUGGCCGCCGUCCUGGCGCUGCCCCGCUCCCGCCGGGAGCUGCUCCAGCUCGACUUCCUCGCCGCCGCCCUCCGGGUCCCCUUCGUCAGCAUCCUGGACACCCGCUGGCCGCUGCCUUUCCGAGCGCAGGUGAGACCCGCAGCGCCGGCACUGCACGGGGACGCAGCUCCCGUCCCCGCUCCCGUCCCUGCUCGCCGGCUCCGUCCUUGCUCCCGUCCCGGCUCCGUCCGUGCUCCUGUCCCGAUCCCCGUCCCGGAUCCAUACCGGCUCUAUUCCGCGGGUCCUCCUGCCUCCGAUACCGAUCCCGACUUGAUUCCAGCUCGAAUUCCGAAUUCCAGCCACUCAUCCUUGCUGCAUCCUGACUACCUCUGGGUUCCACCCGGCUCUGUUCUCCCUCUGUCUUCUCUCCCACCCCGGCCCCAUCCCAUCCUCAUUCCCACUUCCAUCCUGCCUCUACCCCAGCCUCAUCCUGUGCCCCAUCCUGGCUCUGUCUCCCAUCACAGCUCUAUUCCAGCCCCCUCCUGGCCCUCAUUCCAGCCCUAUCCUGGCUCUAUCCCAGCUCCCAUCUCAGCUCUCUCCUGGCCCCUUGCCCAGCUCUAUCCCAGACCCAAUUCCAGCUUUCACUCCAAGGUAAGUUCCCUGGCUCCUCUGGAAGUUCUGCAGCCCUCAGCCCCAGUCCCCACUCCAUUCUGUCCCCAGAAGAGCUCUGGGACGUGUCCUGGCAGUGGAUCCCAGACUGGGCAGGGGAUGGGCAGGGAGUGUGGGAUGACCUCAGGGCAGUGGGUCCAUGUCUGGCACUGCCUGUGGGCCGUUCCCGUGGGCAGGGGCACAGCCAUGACCCUUGUGUGUUGGCAGAGCCCCUUCCACUUCCACAUGGACCGGCAAAGCUCCCCGGAGAUGCUGGUGGAUGUGCUGGUGAGCGUCCUGCAGGCCAACGACUGGCAGGAGACCAGCCUGGUGCUCUGCCACCCCUGGGACAUCGACAGCUUCCUCGACCUCUGGGCCCAACGUUCCCAGCUCUUCCUCCGCACUGUCCUGGACCUGGGCUACCUGGAUGAGCCCAGGGCCACCCGCUACCUGCGGCAGCACGGUGACCGUGUCAGGACCCUCUCCAGCCCCGUGCUGAUGCUGGGCUGUGACCUGCACCGUGCUCGACUCGUCUUCCAGGCAGCCGAGGAGUUGGGGCUGCCACCGCAGGAAUUCCAAUGGAUGCUGGGCUUCCCACUCAGCACCAGUGAGCUGCAGACGGAGGGGCUGCCCCCAGGGCUGCUGGCCUUUGGGGAGGUCAGCCGGCCACCGCUGGAGCUCUUGGUGCAGGACAUGGUGGGACUGGUGUCCCAGGCCAUCGCCCACGCUGCCCGCAGCCGCCCCGACCCCGCAGAGCUGCAGACCACGGGCAACUGCAAUGAGAGGCACCGGGCAGGCGCCGAGUCCCCGGGGCUCCUCCUUGCCCGGUUCCUGGCCAACACGUCCUUCCACGGCCACACGGGGCUGGUGCGCGCGGAGAACACGGCAUUGGUGAGGCCGGAGCAGCAGUUCCGUGUCUGGAGCCUGCGUAGAGACUUGGAGGGGGUCCCCACCUGGAUGACAGUGGGCACCUGGAGCCACGGCAAGCUGGAGCUGGAAGAAGGCGUGUGGCAGAGCCAGCGGCAGCGCAAGAGCCCCAGCGAGGCGGCCGAGGGGGCCCGCACACGGCUGCGGGUGGUGACGUUGGUGGAGCACCCCUUUGUCUUCACCAGGGAGGUGGAUGAGGAAGGGAACUGCCCGGCCGGGCAGCUCUGCCUGGACCCCGGCACAAACGACUCGGCCGUGCUGGAUGCCCUCUUUGAGAAGAUGGGCAACGGCUCAGUGCCACGGGAGUACAAGAAAUGCUGCUAUGGGUACUGCAUCGACCUUCUGGAGAAGCUGGCUGAGGACAUGGCCUUUGAUUUUGAGCUCUACAUCGUGGGUGACGGGAAAUACGGGGCCUGGAAGAACGGGCGCUGGACGGGACUGGUGGGGGACCUGCUCAGUGGCACGGCCCACAUGGCCGUCACCUCCUUCAGCAUCAACUCGGUGCGGAGCAAAGUCAUCGACUUCACCAGCCCCUUCUUCUCCACCAGCCUGGGCAUCCUGGUGAGGACCAAGGACACGGCGUCGCCCAUCGGGGCUUUCAUGUGGCCCCUGCACUGGACCAUGUGGGUGGGCAUCUUCGUGGCGCUGCACAUGACCGCACUCUUCCUCACCCUCUACGAGUGGAAGAGCCCCUACGGAAUGACCCCCCACGGCCGCAACCGCAUGAAGAUCUUCUCCUACUCCUCAGCCCUCAACCUCUGCUACGCCAUCCUCUUUGGGCGCACCGUGUCCAGCAAGACGCCCAAGUGCUGCACCGGCCGCUUCCUCAUGAACCUCUGGGCCAUCUUCUGCCUCCUGGUGCUCUCCAGCUACACGGCCAACCUGGCAGCUGUCAUGGUGGGCGACAAGACCUUCGAGGAGCUCUCAGGCAUCCAUGACCCAAAGCUCCAUCACCCCUCACAGGGCUUCCGCUUUGGCACAGUGUGGGAGAGCAGUGCUGAGGAGUACAUCAAGAAGAGCUUCCCCGAGAUGCACGAGUACAUGCGGCGCUACAACGUCCCCACCACCCCCGAUGGCGUCACCAUGCUCAAGACAGAGCCCGCCAAGCUCAACGCCUUCAUCAUGGACAAGUCUCUGCUGGAUUAUGAAGUCUCCAUCGACUCUGACUGCAAACUGCUCACUGUGGGCAAACCCUUUGCCAUCGAAGGCUACGGCAUCGGCCUCCCCCAGAACUCACCGCUGACCUCCAACGUGUCCGAGUUCAUCAGCCGCUACAAGUCCUCGGGGUUCAUCGACCUCCUGCACGACAAGUGGUACAAAAUGGUGCCCUGCGGCAAACGCGUCUUCGCCGUCACGGAGACCCUGCAGAUGGGCAUCUACCACUUCUCGGGGCUGUUCGUGCUGCUGUGCAUCGGGCUGAGCGGCUCCCUCCUCACCUCGCUGGGCGAGCACGUCUUCUACCGCCUCGUCCUGCCCCGCAUCCGGCGCAAGAAGAAAUUCAACUACUGGCUGCACACGAGCCAGAAAAUCCAUCGGGCUCUGAAUAUGGGCACGGAGGAACGGAAGAGCCAGCAGCUGAAGCUGGAGCAGAGGAGCGAGCCCCAGGCGAGGUCGGCGCCGGCGGCAGCCCAGCCCUGGAACGCCCUGCGGAAGGAGGCACGGCGGGUGCGCUUCCAGCUGGACAAAGCCCGCCCCGAGGCCGAGGGGUCCCCGCGGCGCCCCGGGAACGGGCGGCCCCCGCAGCCCCUGGACAGAGCGGCCGGGGAGAACGAGCUCCGGGAGCUGGAGGAGAAGAUCCAGGAGAUGCGGGAGCAGCUGCGCGCCGCGCUGCUGAGGAAGAGCGAGCUGGUGUCCGUGCUGGGCACCGCCAGAGGCGGCCGGCCACUGCCCGCCCCGCUGGCCACCGAGGAAGACCGGGAGGAGAGGCCCAGCUCAGCCCCGCCGCAGGACGGCCGUGAUUAGGAGGAGGCAGAAGAAGCUCCCACACGGAUGAGGCAGCUCCAAGGCGGCAGAACCGGGCUGAUCCCAGAGCCACCGCAAAGCAGAACCGGAGCCUCCCUCGGUGAGGGAUGGAGACGCUGCAGGGGAGCGGACACGCUGCGGCUCGGGGCUCUGCCCGCCCCUGAGGACAAGGAAGAGCUCCCCAUCCCACUGCAGGCGGCUGUGGAAGGAGCCGGAGCCCUGCAGCCCCUCCCCUGGCACGGAGGCAGCCGAGCAUGGCUGGGACAGGGUUUGUGGUCGGCCCUCUGCCCUGCCACCGCCCCUGCACACUGCGAGGGGACAGAUGGUGACACCCCAGGACGGCAGGAGGAGACACCCCCAGGACUGAGCAUUCACCUCGCUGCCCCCGGGACUCCCACACAUCAGCCCAGCAC